AUGCAAUCAAUCCGAAAAAAAGUAUUAAGGAAAACGAACGACUCAAAUAGUGGCGGUGGAAGUAACACUAGCAAUGGUAAAUCUGGCGGUAGUAGCUCGAAAUCUUCGGGAAAGAACUCGGUUUCUUCUCCCUCUUCGAGUACAAGCAGCAACAAUAGUGAUAACUCGGGUCCAACGCCCACAAUUGUAGUGGUAACUGCAGACCAGAGGCAGGCACAUGCUCAAGCUGGCGUAGAUGCAGCAGCUCCCCUGUCACCUGCUAGUAACCACAAGUCUCAUUCAAAAGAUGAACCUCCUAAAAGAGACCCAUUGAACCGUUUAAAAAAUACUCCCAAGGAUGUCAUACCAAUCAGUAAAGCACCACGACGACAGAGAUCCUCAAGGUUUCACGUCACGGAAAGAGUAGAAUUGGAAAAGUUACCAAAUUUUAACGAGGUUUCGGUUGAUAAGAGACAAGAACUUUUUCUAAAAAAACUCAGCCAAUGUGCUGUUAUUUUCGAUUUUAACGAUGCAAGCGCUGAACUACAAGGAAAAGAAAUAAAACGUGCAACUUUGACGGAACUUUUAGAGUACAUAACUACAAAUCGAGGAGUCAUCACUGAACCAAUAUAUCCUGAAGUGGUUUCCAUGUUUGCUAUGAACCUCUUUCGAACGAUACCACCACAAGUUAACCCAACUGGAGAUGCCUUUGACCCCGAAGAAGAUGAACCGGUGCUUGAACUUGCUUGGCCACACCUUCAAAUUGUUUAUGAAUUUUUCCUACGGUUUAUUGAAUCUCCUGAAUUCGACACUAAUAUCGCAAAGAAAUAUAUAAAUCCACAAUUUAUAUUGCAGCUAUUAGAUUUAUUUGAAAGUGAGGAUCCAAGAGAACGUGAUUUCUUAAAAACCACCUUACACCGAAUCUACGGAAAAUUUUUAAACCUUCGCGCAUUUAUUCGAAGAUCAAUCAACAAUGUAUUUUUCCAGUUCAUAUACGAAACUGAACGUCAUAAUGGUAUAGCUGAAUUGUUGGAAAUUCUCGGGAGUAUCAUCAAUGGUUUUGCAUUACCUCUAAAAGAUGAACAUAAGACUUUUCUUACGAAAGUCUUGAUACCUUUACAUAAGGUUAAAUCUUUGACAUUAUAUCAUCCACAGCUUGCAUAUUGCGUAGUACAAUUCCUCGAGAAAGAUCCUUCGCUAACUGAAGAAGUUAUCUGUGGUUUGCUUCGCUUUUGGCCGAAAGUUAAUAGUCCAAAGGAAGUUAUGUUCUUGAAUGAAAUAGAAGAGAUAUUGGAUGUAAUUGAACCACAGGAAUUUGUAAAAAUACAAAUACCUCUGUUUCAACAGAUAGCCCGAUGUGUUUCCAGUCCGCAUUUCCAGGUAGCAGAAAGGGCUCUUUAUUAUUGGAACAAUGAAUACAUUGUUAAUCUGAUAGGAGAUAAUGUUAACACGAUUUUACCAGUAAUGUUUCCAUCAUUGUAUCAUAACUCAAAAGCCCAUUGGAAUCGGACGAUUCAUGGUUUAGUUUACAAUGCACUUAAACUAUUUAUGGAGAUUAAUCCUGCUCUUUUUGAUGAAUGUGCUGCUCAAUAUAAACAGAAUCGUCAAUUAGAAAAGAAAAGAAUGAAAGAGCGAGAAGAGACAUGGCACAAACUAGAAAAGACGGCGGCUCACAAUACAAAAGGGCUUCCUUUGCCGUAUCCUAUUGCUGGGCCAACAAUCACUACAACCUUAGGGGUUGAAGUUUCUGUUUCAAGCUAUACUAAUCUUUAUGCUACUGAGGACGAUGAUGCUGGAAAUCUCUCGAGUGGUGACGAGGACUUGGAAGGAGAAGAACGGGCCGAUGAAGAAAAUCCAGAAGAUGAACACGGAGAGCUGCGAAUGUUCGAUGGCAGGCCAGAUGGUGUCAACUUAUUCCGCCGGAAAUCAAUCAUACCAGUUGACGAAUCGGUAUUAUCAGAGUUGGAGCGUCAUCGAAGCUUGGAUGAUGUACUUAACGACCCACCGGACUCGAGCAAUUCUAACCCUUCCAAUUCUUGA